CUCAGCUGAGGAGGAGCUGCCCACAGUACCGAGGAGCUCUACACCGGGAAAAGUUUACCUCUAAACAUUACACUCGACUGAAAGGAGGGAGAAACUGCAGAUAUGGCAACUCAAGCACAGCAGCCGCCCCACCUGCACCUGGCUGAGAUCACUGCGGCGCAGUUCAUCGACAUCUGGAAACAUUUUGACGCUGACGGAAACGGCUUCAUCGAAGGGAAGGAGCUGGAGAACUUCUUCAAAGAGCUGGAGACUGCAAGGCGAGGAGUUGGCGUGGAUCCUACACAUGCUGCGUUCAAAGAAAAGAUGAAGGAGUUCAUGGCCAACUUUGACAAGAACGCUGAUGGGAGAAUUGAGAUGUCAGAGUUGGCUCAGAUUCUGCCCACAGAGGAAAACUUCCUGCUCUGUUUCAGAGAGUUUGUGGGAUCCAGCAGCGAGUUUAUGGCUGCCUGGCGGCGGUAUGACACCGACCGAAGUGGAUACAUUGAGUCGAAUGAGUUGAAGGGUUUCCUGUCAGACCUGCUGAAGAAGGCUAACAGAAACUACGAUGACAAGAAGCUCAAUGAGUACACGCAGACAAUUCUGAGGAUGUUUGAUCUUAAUGGUGAUGGUAAGCUGGGCCUCUCCGAGAUGGCGAGGCUGCUGCCAGUCCAGGAGAAUUUCCUCCUGAAGUUUGAGGGCAUCAGCCUCACAGUUAAAGAAUUCGACUCUCUCUUCACCUUCUAUGAUAAGGAUGGUAACGGGUAUAUUGAUGAGCAGGAGCUGGAUGCUUUGCUGAAGGACCUCUGUGACAAGAACAAAAUGGACGUGGACCCCUCGAACUCAAAAGGACUGGAGGGGUACAAGAAGAGCAUCAUGGCUCUGUCUGACGGAGGGAAACUGUACCGCACUGAGCUGGAGAUCCUCCUCUGCCGGGACUCCACGCUGUGAGCUCCCUGCCUCCACCGCCUCCUCCUUCCUACCUCCUGAUGUAACCUGGUGCAUGUGUGACCCUUAACCUUGCUACACCACUUAGAGUGAAAACAAAAGUGCUCCUGAGAGCACAAAGUGUACCGCUGGCCCUGCUAUUUUAGCUUUGUACCCCUCUGAGUUUUUCCUCUUUUUUUGACAUGCAGUUCUGUAGUGAAAUAGCCAUAGCAAUGACUACAGGAAUAUAGUGUGUAUUUAUUUAUUUGACUUCCCGUUUUUAAUAUGCAUUUUUUUACAUUAAUAUUAUAUCUAUAUGUUUCUCUCCUAAUGAAUUUGAAAAUGUUCUGUAGCAUCUGUUUAUUUAUUCUAUUUAUUUCUAUUUCUAUGAUAUAAUCUUAUUUAAAGAGGCUUGUACUGUUCUUUCAAAGAUAUUACUGAGAGAAUGAAUAAACAUAACA